GCUGUAUCAUGCGGACGCGACAUCGCCUCAUUGCAUACGCAGGCCGCUCGUCGCUAUCUCAUCUUGCGUCGCCGCCCCAUCACUCGCAACGAGCAUCAGAUAGAGGGUCUUAUAAGCUUGCGCCGCGCGCCCCCUCCCCCUCCGCAUCGUCACCGUCACGCUCACUCCCGCUUUCCGCACGACUGUCUCAGCCCACCGCGAUGCAACCGCUCUAUACCAUCCCCAUCGCGGACCGGCCAUCCGGGCAUGGGAGCUGGUUCAACAAGAUUGUCUUCCCCCUCAUCUUCGACCUCGGCAUUCUGGGCAUCAACAGCGCCCAGUUCCUCUUCGCACUCCUCCUCUUGCUCCCUGGCGGACGGCGGUACUAUGAGCGCGCGAUCGACUGGACCAAGGACGGCUUUGGCCGCUUGCUCAUCGCAAUCACGGUGCUGUGCGCGCCCACCUCGCUCACCAUCACGACGAACGCGCCGCCCGAGCUGUCGGGUCUGGUCGGGCCCGACGGCACAAUCAACCUCCCACCGCGCCUGGUGCUCAUGGCCAACCACCAGGCGUACACGGACUGGAUGUAUCUCUGGAUCCUGGCAUGCUAUGCUGGCCAUGCGCGCGGUCUCACGAUCCUCCUCAAAGCCAGCCUUAAGCACAUCCCCUUCGUCGGGUGGGGCAUGCAGUUCUUCCGCUUCAUCUUCAUGCACCGCUCAUGGGCCGCCGACCGGGACCAUCUCACGCGCUCGCUCACAAGACUGGGGAAGCAGUCCGCCGCUGGGAACCCGCUGUGGCUGCUCAUCUUCCCCGAAGGCACGAUUGUGUCUGACAAUGAGCGCGCAAAGAGUGCAAAGUACGCCGCGCGCGAGAACAUCCGGGACCUCAACGGCGUGCUCCACCCGCGCUCGACUGGACUGCUGUUCGCUCUCCGCACCCUCGUUCCCUCUAUCCCGGACAUCCAACUCCUUGACGUGACUGUCGCGUACCCCGGCGUGCCGUUCGGCAAGUAUCCACAAGAGUGGUACGGCUUGGGCUCGGUGUACCUCCACGGCGUGCCGCCCCCAACGGUGCGGCUGCACCUGCACCUCUACUCGGUAGACGAGAUCCCGUCGCUUCCGAAGCCUCCGUAUAACAGCGCGGAGAUCACGCCACUCGCUACGGCGGAGGAGGGGCGCGAGUUCGAGCUCUGGUUGCGUAACGUGUGGACGGAGAAGGAGGCGCGGUUGGAGCGCAUGCUCGCCGACGACAUUGACGAGAAGAUGCCCAGUAUCGUGGUGCCCAUCGAGCAACGUUCUACUCACGACUGGAUCGCCACUUUUGGCGCGGGCGGGAUGAUGACAGUCGCUGCCGUAGCCGGAGCGAUUCACUACUUCUUGUAA